CGUGGGCUGGCCUGGCCUGAAGCUCCCCUCCGGCGUCGUGGCCCCGAGCCUUGGCCUCGCCCUGGCUCACCUGGAAGCACCGGCAGGGAGGCAGGCAGGGGCGGCUAGUGGUCAGAAAGCCCGGGCUGGGUCACUCCUGUCCUUUCCCGCGGCGGGGGGCUCCCGGCCGGGAAGAGGCGAGGCGGGCGCGUUGGCGGCCUUCCUCCUCCUCCCCUCCCUCCGCCCUGCUCCUCCCGCCUUGGAGGAGGAGGAAGCCAGCUCGAGGCUGCCGCUCCCGGGGCUCCUGCUUGGCUCCCGCUGACCAUGAAGGCACCAACGAGGCGGAGGAGGAGGAAGGUCGGCCGCCCAGGAGCAGAGCCCCGCCGUCCCCGGAGCCGCCGCGGCUCCUCCGAGGCUGCUUUGGGCUGUGGAGCCGGGGGCUGGGGGAUCAGGUUACUCCACACUCCUCCGGUGGAAGGCUGACCAAGCUGGCGGCACAACGGGAGUGUCUCUUCCCUCCUGCACCUGCCAGGAGGCGAGAUCCCAAGGAAGGGAUCCUCCACUGACAGACCGAAGGGGAAAAGAGAGAGAGAGAGAGAGAGAGAGAGAGAAGGAGAAGGGAGCCCCCCAUCCCCUCCGUGCCCCCCCUUCUUUGCCAUUGGCCAUGAAGAGGAAACAGAAGCGGUUUCUGCAGAUGACGCUCCUCUUCGUGGUGACUCUGAUUUUCCUGCCCAACGUCGGACUCUGGUCUCUGUACAGGGAGAAGCACCUGGUGAAAGCCACCAUGCUGGGCGAGCAGCAGACAUUCUCAAUGGGGCUUGGAGAUGGACAGCUGUAUCCCUGGACAGAUGGCUUGAAAAGAAAGGACUGGCAUGACUAUGAAAGUAUUCACAAAGAUGCCAUGCGUUCAGGGAAAGGUGAACAAGGAAAGCCAUACCCACUCACAGAAGAAGACAAUGAUGAUUCUGCUUAUCGGGAAAAUGGUUUCAAUAUUUUUGUGAGCAACAAUAUAGCCUUGGAACGAUCACUGCCAGACAUUCGUCAUCCUAACUGUAAGCACAAGGUAUAUUUGGAGAAGCUUCCAAACACUAGUAUAAUCAUCCCAUUUCAUAAUGAAGGCUGGACUUCACUCUUGCGGACCAUACACAGCAUUAUCAACAGGACUCCAAAUAGCCUGAUAGCAGAAAUCAUUCUUGUGGAUGACUUCAGUGACAGAGAACACUUGAAAGAGAAGCUGGAGGAAUAUAUGGCCCGUUUUGUCAAAGUGAGAAUUGUGCGAACCAAGAAGCGAGAAGGGCUCAUUCGCACCAGACUCCUUGGAGCCUCAAUAGCUAAAGGCGAAGUCUUGACCUUCCUGGAUUCCCAUUGUGAAGUCAACGUGAAUUGGCUGCCUCCACUACUUAACCAGAUUGCGUUAAACCAUAAAACCAUUGUGUGUCCCAUGAUCGAUGUCAUUGACCACAAUCACUUUGGGUAUGAGGCACAAGCAGGGGAUGCCAUGCGUGGAGCCUUUGACUGGGAGAUGUACUACAAAAGAAUACCAAUUCCUCCAGAGCUCCAGAGGACUGAUCCCAGUGACCCCUUUGAAUCUCCUGUUAUGGCUGGAGGCCUAUUUGCUGUUAACAGAAAGUGGUUUUGGGAUCUCGGUGGCUAUGAUCCAGGUUUAGAAAUCUGGGGAGGUGAGCAAUAUGAAAUUUCUUUCAAGGUCUGGAUGUGUGGAGGUGGUAUGUUUGAUGUUCCAUGUUCUAGAGUUGGACACAUCUACAGGAAAUAUGUUCCUUACAAAGUCCCAUCUGGCACCAGCCUAGCAAGAAACCUGAAGCGUGUGGCAGAAACGUGGAUGGAUGAGUUCGCAGAGUACGUUUACCAGAGGCGGCCGGAGUACAGGCAUCUCUCCACCGGUGAUCUUUCAGCCCAGAAGGAGCUUCGCAAGCACCUUAAGUGCAAGGACUUCAAGUGGUUCAUGGCUGCAGUGGCUUGGGAUGUCCCCAAAUAUUUCCCUGCGGUGGAGCCCCCACCUGCUUCCUGGGGAGAGAUUCGAAAUGUGGCGGCCAAUCUCUGCGUGGACAGUAAACAUGGAGGCACAGGGACUGAACUCAGGCUGGAUAUAUGCGUCAAGGAUGGCUCUGAAAGGACAUGGUCACAUGAGCAGCUCUUCACCUUUGGUUGGAGGGAAGACAUCCGGCCAGGAGAACCUCUUCACACCAGAAAAUUCUGUUUUGAUGCUGUUUCACAUAGUAGUUCUGUCACACUUUAUGACUGCCAUGGUAUGAAGGGCAAUCAGCACUGGAGCUAUAGGAAGGACAAAACUUUGUUCCAUCCGGUGAGCAGCAGUUGCAUCGAUUGCAACCCAGCAGAAAAGAAGAUUUUCAUGAACAGAUGUGAUCCUUUAUCUGAAACUCAACAGUGGAUUUUUGAGCAUAUUAAUAUGACUGUUUUAGAAAAAUUUAACAGCAAGAAAAACAGCUCUUAGGGAGAAGAAAACAGACUGUUCUGUACAGAUUGCAAGCAACCUUUUGGCCAGCAUCUGGGUCAAAAAAAAAAAAAGUCAGAAAUUAAGUUUCCUAGAGCCAGGAAAUCUGUUCUGAAGAUUAAGUAAAUGCCAAGGAAGAAGCCAAAUGGGCUGUCAUUGCGGAUGGACCAUAUCUGAAGAACUUGGCUAAGAACCUCGCCAGCUGCUGUGGAGGCCUUCUGGCUGACAAUUUCCCUUGCUGGUCAAGGGAAAACUUUAUUUAAAAGAAAAAAAGAAAUGUUUCCAAACACUCCGUGUUAAUAAAAUUAAACAAAGUUUUAGAGUUUCUCAGGUCAAACCCUGCUAUAGUGAGUAGCUGCUAUGGAUAGUUGCUGUUACUUAUGGGGGAUUUAUGGAGUGCAUGAGUGCUAUCAGAAUCAACAGAUGCCACAGGCAUCCAACUGUUAACAUUUAUGGGAUACUGUCACUGUCCCAGAAUUGUGAAGAAGAGGUAUGUUCUAGUGCCAUUUCAUUCCCUUGAUGGAAGUUGGGUUCAGGACAGUUCUUUGAAUAAAGGGUCACAACAGAU